AUGGGGACUCCGUCUGGUCAACUACUUUUGGGUCUCAGGCGACGAGCCUUGGGCGGCUCAGGUUUGCGAGCGAUGACCCGCAACUACUCGUCUCUCAAUUCCAAUAUCCGCAUCGAUGCCCGGUCUCAUGAGCCGACCUCCGCAGAGCUACUCCGCUUCGCCCUCACGUCCUCCAAAAACUCCGCCGGCACAAUUGAACCUGAUCGGAGCUUGCGCAAACAAGUAACUGAGCUUCUCGACUCGGAGUGGAAAUCAAAUAGUCCACCUCCGGCAUUGUGGUUUGCUCUCAAGGGUGUUAAUCCAAUGUUUGACUCAGAAGAGAGACGUCGUCUCCAAUCAGUGGCUGAUCUGACUUCACUGAGAAAUGUCAUCGAGCGAUUGGUCGUGGAUGACGGAGGAGCCGACCGCUUGCAGCAGAAGGAAUGCAACACACUGGGAAAGGCACUGGAACGUUGUCAACGAGAUGCCACCUAUACAGAAAUACUUUCAACCCUGAGCGACAUUACCGCGAGGCUCCAACGUCUCAAGCUGAAUACUAAGCCCCAGAUACUUGAGCUUGGCAUGUACUAUGCGGCUUUGAAUCUAUCAGGUCCCGCUCUUCGGCAGUUCUUGCAACGCUAUGAUCAACUGGCCGGUCCCAGACAGACUUCGUGGCUUAGUGCGAACCGAAUCUUGCAGGCGGUUCUUCAGGAAAUUAACUCUGCUCUCUUUGAAAACCCGAACCAUAACACGGGAGCUUUUCUUGCCGAGAUUACCGGCGAAGGAGAACCCAAACCACAAGUCCGGUCCCGAUUGGCCAAUUGCUUACUUGGAAACCCGGCAAAAGAGCACCAGAAUUGGGCUUUAUACCUCUCCUUGCUAUCAAAGUUACAAAGUGUGAAGAAACUAGACUCCAGAUGGAAGAAGUUUAUUAAAGCCUUUGAUCCGGAGAAUCUGCCGGUCUGCCACUACGCUUACAGUGUUAUCUUGUCUCUGAUACAAGCCGGACGGUCAGAAAAGGCUGCGAAGUUCCUGGAGGAUAUCUCAAUUCGCAGUGGUGAUACUUUACCCUACAUUGGAGACUUCCAAAACAUACAUGCUCUACUUGACGAUCCUGUUGUUGGCGAGGCCUUGCCUGACUUGGUCCAAGGCGAUCACUAUGAAAAGCUGCUCGAAGUCCGCAUGGAGGACAUGGAACGGAGAUUAGGUAUUCGAUGGCAAGGUGGCCAAAAAUCAACGGAUCAGAAAAGUCAUUUUGGCACUGCGCCGGGCGCGUCAUGGUCGGUCUUCCAGGAUCAACCGUUGUUCACCAUCGAUGGUGACUGCGCUGGAUAUGAUGACCCAGCACGAGUUUACCCCAGUCUUCAAGCCCACGGUUGUUCCAAGUCAGAAAGUGAUUUGAGUCUACUGAUGGACAUGCUGAUUGAGCAGACGGGCAAUGAGCAAGAGAUAGUCGCUCAUCUCAACUUCGACUCGGACCGGCCGAACUCGAUUCACCUGGAUUUCCCAACCCUUCAAUGGCGGUGGUGCAUCGAACACUCCCCAAUAGAGUUUUCAGACUCUCUACUUGCAGCCGCUACUGAGGGGUCGAGGAAUCGGUCGCCCGCAUCUCUCGGGCUUAUCAGGGCUAGAAGCAUCAUGAAUGGCGUGCCGCAAAUGGGGUCAAGAGCCUUGCACCUCAUGCAACUGGGAUCUUUGGAUCUGCGGCAUGGACCAGAUGAAACAUGGCAGCCCUCGGGAUACAUCGUGACAUGGGACCGCCAGUAUGGGGGAAUGGUUGCCCUCUUCGUUGGGAAGAACCAUGGUGUCGUCGAUCCGGGAGCAGCACCGUCAAAUGCCCCAUUUGGAACAUUGAUGCACAUCAAACCCUCAGACAUGCCAAAUACUUUGCCUCUGCCCACCAGUCGCGUUCUCCGGGAUCCAAUGGGCCCAUACUAUGUGGAUGUUGAUCCGAGCGUGGACCUAGGCUUUCAAUAG